AUGGGUCGAAUCAUAUUUUACGAGGACAAGAACUUCCAGGGCCGCUCAUAUGAGUGUGAUACCGAUUGCCCAGACAUGCACCAGCAUGUCAGCCGCUGUAACUCCGUUCGGGUGGAGAGCGGCUGCUGGGUGCUUUAUGAAAAGCCCAAUUACAUGGGUUACCAGUACGUACUGACCAGGGGAGAGUACCCUGAAUACCAGCGCUGGAUGGGCUACAGUGACAAUAUUCGCUCCUGUAGGACCUUCUCUUAUGUAAGUGCACUUAUAUAUGUGUGCUAUAUUCAUCCCCACGGGGGGCCCUACAGGAUGCGCAUCUAUGAGCGUCCAGACUUCCAGGGCCAGAUGAUGGAAUUCAGCGACGACUGUGAAUCCGUGCAGGACCGCUUCCGCAGCAAGGAUAUUUACUCCUGCAAUGUGAUGGACGGCUACUGGACCAUGUACGAGCACCCCAACUACAGGGGGCGCCAGUACUUCAUGCGGCCAGGCGAGUACAGGAAGUUCAGCGACUGGGGUGCCACAUGUGCCACCACCGGCUCCUUCCGCAGGAUCACUGAGUUUUAA